AUGGAAAAGGAAGUUCGUCGAUCGUUUACUCAAAUGAUCGAGCAGCGGCUGAGGGACAGAAGGUCUUCAUCAGGUGGGUCCAAUGAGGGGUCCGACCUGUACGAACUGGAGAGGAAGCAACAGCAAGCGCAAGAAGAUAAUGGAGGAGGCCAUUGCACAGAUCAACUAAACAUGAUACUGCUUGAGGUUUUGCGUCUAUAUCCACCUGUGAUGGAGCUCUCCCGAGUGGUGGAGGAGGAAACUCAACUCGGAAACCUCAGAAUCCCAAAGGGCUUGCUUUUGCAGCUACCGAUUGCUUGGCAUUACUUGUAUUUGAAUUUGGUCAUCUAA